AUGUCGGACGAGAAGGAGAUCGACUACACCCUCAACAACCCCGACACCCUCACCAAGUACAAGACCGCCGCUCAGAUCUCUGAGAAGGUCCUUGCUGCUGUCGCCGAGCUCUGUGUCCCCGGCGAGAAGAUCGUCACCAUCUGCGAGAAGGGCGACAAGCUCAUUGAGGAAGAGCUUGCCAAGGUCUACCGCGGAAAGAAGGUCAACAAGGGCUUCUCUCACCCUACCACGGUCUCUCCGGCCUCUUUCGUCACUCCCUACACCCCUCUGACCUCCGACGAGGCCGAGGCCAACGUCGAGAUCCAGGAGGGCGAGCCCAUCAAGAUCCAGCUCGGCGCCCAGAUUGACGGCUUCGGCUCCAUCGUCUGCGACACCAUCAUCGCUGCCCCCAAGGAGAAGGCUUCCGAGGAGAUCACUGGCCGCUCUGCUGACCUGAUCCUCGCCAACUACUAUGCCAAUGAGCUCCUCCUCCGCUUGAUGCUGCCUCCCGGCACUCUGGCCAACGGCACUGAUGAGGAGAAGGCCAAGGCCAGCGCGGAGAAGGCCCCCAGCCAGGCCAAGAUUACCAGCUUGCUCGAGAAGGUCGUCAAGGCCUACGACUGCAACCUCGUCGAGAGCACCACGUCAUGGCUGUUUGAGCGCAACGAGAUCGAGGGCAAGAAGAAGAUCGUUCUUGCCCCCGCCGAGGGCACCAAGGGCGACGGUACCCCCGAGAUUGGUGAGGUCUGGGGUGUCGAGAUGGGCGUGAGCUUGGGUGCUGGAAAGGUCAAGACCUUUGACCAGAGAACCACUCUGCACCGCCGUACCCUCCAGACCUACGGCCUCAAGCGCCCGACUUCCCGCAAGAUCCUCAACGAGGUCCAGAAGAAGUUCGGUACCUUCCCCUUCAGCUUGCGCCAGCUCGAGGAUGAGCGUGAUGCCAAGUCUGGUGUCGUUGAGUGCGUUCGUGGCAACGUUUUCCGUGCCUACGAGGUUGUUGGCGACAAGGACAACUCCCCCGUCGCUCGCUACCUGACCACUAUUGCCAUCACCAAGAACGGCAUCACCAAGCUCGGUGCGCCCCCGGCUCUUGACCUCAGCAAGGUCAAGUCUGACAAGAAGAUCGAGGACGAGGAGAUCCUCAAGAUUCUUGAGCAGCCUCUGUCGAGAAAUACCACCAAGAGCAAAAACAAGAACAAGAAGAAGAAGAAGCCCGCCAAGAAGGCUGCCGCCGGCGAGGCGGAGGAGGAGAGCGACGAGGACCCGCACCAGCACGCCAACGGAGGGAGUGACUCUGCGAAGAAGUCGUCGAAUGCGCCCAGUGCAGCGUCCAAGACCUUCUUGCAAAAAUGGUUGGAGCCCGCAGUCCAGAGCAAGCCGAGCUUUGAGGAGGCAGGAUUGAUCCGAUAUGGCGUGACGGAGAACAUGGCGCCCCUUGGAACCCUCCCAAAGGCAGGAACCACCAAAAAGCAGGGCCAGGAGGGUGCGCAGCAACCUGUCAGGAAGAUUAUCAUCAAGCCAAGCUCAGCAAACUCUGCCGCGGCCGCCGCAAGUGCGUCGGCACCAAAGCGCUCAGAAACACCUCCUCCGCCACUUCCCUCACCACCCAUUGCCGCGACGAAGAUGGGCAAAAAAUCGUUGACGAUCAGAGGGUUGGAUGACGACGAUGAGGACGAGGACUACACGCCCAAGGCAGCGGCGGUGAAGAAUGCGGCGAGUCGCACAUCGCUCCCGCGCAAGAGCCUCUCGCGACCAUCUGCGGGACGCCGCCUCUCAGCGUCAAUUCAACAGCCCUCGGCGCCUUCCAGCGAUGCCGUGCAGCCUCCUCCUCGUGAAGCUACGCCUGAGCCUACUCCUACUCCGGAUCCGACUCCUUGCUCUCAGGAGUCGGUCGAGCGCGUUGUGGAGAUCGCGGUUGAUGAGGCGCUCCGGCAUUACCGCUAUCCCACUGCGUGGGCACUGAGGACCCUCUACGAUGAAAAUUCUGCGAACCCAACCUUCCUGGCCAUGUUCGAGGACGUGUACAACCAGAAGGCUGACGCAGACACUCUGGAUGAAUUCGCUCGCCUUAUCGAAGAGAAGAAGAAGGAGGGCAAGAAGGACAAUCAGGCAUGCUACUUUUUCGUGCCCCCUUCCACCAACUCGCGCUUCACCCCUCACAAGCCCAAGGCAGCACCCUACGGCAGGCUUCUUUCUCUCGAUGCCAAGACAGAGAGCCCGUCGCCGACAAAAAAGAAAGGAAAGCGGCGGAAGGAGCUAGAAUCCCCCGUCGACGAUGCGGAUGAGUCAAUGAUGGACGCGGAAACAGCGACUAUGGGUGUCGUCACGCCCUCACGCAGGCGCGCCCGAAGGGACUCAGCAAGCAGUGAUUCUUCCCUCUCGGAACUGUCUGCAUCGCCAUCACUGCCACCAGACUCGCCAUCUCCCAGCUCUCCACCCAUUCCCGUCGGAUUUCGAGUCGUCAGCCACAGUCGCCGUCACAGUGCCACGACGGCUACCACGGCUGCUGGGGCCGACCCCGAGACCACCACAACCAGCGCAGCACCGCCAACCGAACCCCAGCCAAUUAAGAGACGCGGCAGAUCCCUUGCUGCUAAGUCGAGCGUGUCUGACGCAUCCAACCCAAACUCACCCACCCUCCCCCCAAACGCAUCUCAAGCUGCAGGGGCUGGCAACAUGCCUGGUCGACUUUCCUCACCCAUUUUCCCCAACCUGUCGUCCACGGCCAACACGACCACGACAACAAAAGCGGCCGGUAAGAAGAACGCCAGCAAGGAUAAGGCACCGCGCAUCUUGCCCAGCGAUGAUGCCACGACUUCCCGCAGGAGAAAUGCACGCGACAGCACCAUCAGCCAGACGCCCCAGCCAGAGAGCCAUAUUCGCGUAUCAGACAUGAGAGGUAGAGCAGGAUCCGUGUUUGCAUCUUCGCCAGCGGUGCAUCUUCGCAAGUCAGCCAGGACGCCGGCUCCCAAUUUGAGCCUGAAUCUGAACUUGAGCGCGAGGACCACGAGAUCGGCCAAGAGGACGCAUGAUGAGAUAGACAACAGCUCUCCGACCGCGCCAUCCUUCAUUGAGGACGUCACUCCGACGGCGAGCUCGAGAGCUGCGACGCCCACAAACCUACGCCCUACGAAGAAACAGCGGACCGGCUUGCGUAUCAAGACUUCUCCUAUGAAGAAGAAAGGAGGCACUGCAGCUGGCGUUCCCCGUGCCAGCGGAGAGGGCGGUCCAUCUGUUGCCAACGGGGGCCCGACAAAUCAGGACGAGAAUGAUGACUACUGCUCGGCUUGCGGCGGUGUUGGGGAGCUCGUUUGCUGUGAGAACUGCUCUAGGUCAUUCCAUUUCGAAUGUGUCGACUUGGGCCUGGGCGACACGCUCCCCGAGGAGUGGUUUUGCAACGUCUGUUUCAGCACGAGAUACCCCACUAGGGUGCCCGAACACAAGGGUCCCUUUGGAGGGUUGCUGAAUGGCUUGGAGAAGACGAACCCGCAAGCCUUCAAGCUGCCUCGGCCAGUCCAGCUCUACUUUGAAGGCGUCAAGAUUGGACCUGAGGGUGAGUACGAGGACGUGGUGGUUCCCACUAAGCCAAAGAAGAAGGGAUAUGAAGAAGCUCCCGACUUCUUCAAGGUUCGGGACGCCGACGGCUCUGCGGUUCUAUGCCACAAUUGCCAGCAUCCAGCAGCCGACAACCGAGCCAUCAUUCCUUGUAACGACCUGCUGGCCACGCUGCCGGAACAGCUCGCGCCAGCUCACCGCUUCCGGAAGAUCAAAGGAGCACCCACCAUCACCCCUGCUUUUAGCCGUGGUAUGAGAAACAACGGCUUCAUCGAGAUUGAGGAGGAAGAAUCAAGUGACGAAACGGGCUGGAGCGACGUGAAGACCUUUGGCCGAGUGUACAAACUGCCCGCCAAAGGCGUUGUGCUCGACUUCAUUUCUCAGCUUCGAAAGGAUGGCGCAGGCUACAUUGCUGGUUCGCAGCCAUUGGCCGGGGCCCAGCCACACCAGACUAGCCCUCCUCUGGACUCUCGCACGCUGGCGGAACAGCAAGCGGUGUUCAACAUGGUCGAGCUGGCUUCCACUCGACAAAACAACAAGCUCGACGACCUCACACAGGCUCUCCUGAUGAGUGCCGAUGCAGACGUUCUUUCCAUCAUGGCGCGUGGCAGCGCCGAGAACUUUGCCAACGGUGACUUGAAUGCCAAUGAUAAGCAAAGUCUUCGCGCCAUGCUUGCUCACAUGGAAGCCAUGUCUGACCGUAUUAAGAGCCUGCUUGGAGGCGGUUUGCACGGCGUUGCUGGCCCGACCACGAUGGCUGCGGACGCAGUCACAGCCGACGGCAACACCACAGACGUCACAGAGAGCGUGGAGGGCGAUGUGACUACAAUCAAGAACGAGUCCGUUGAGCCGCCGGCUGAUCUGCCUACCCCGGCGACGACGACUCAGGACAACCCGGAGCCGGCCAGCGUUCUUGGGGAGAAGUCGUCGCAGGAGGUGCCGAACGACGACGACACGACCGUUAUGGAUAUCGAUUAG